AUGUUCGCCGCCUUUGCUUCCCCGCGAGUCCUUUAUCCACUUUUUCUUCUUCUUCUCCUCUCAUUCUUCUCACUACUCAACAGUGUCAAAUCUGACGAGCGUCAAAUUCUACUGAAACUGAAAUCCUCACUUGAGAAUUCAAAUUCAAAUUCAAAUUCAAAAGUGUUUGACUCAUGGAAUGCAACCAAUUCCAUAUGCAGUUUCAAGGGUAUCACUUGCAACUCCAACGGUUCCGUCACCGAAAUCAACCUUUCCAAUCAAAUGCUAUCGGGGGUUCUCCCUCUGGACUCGCUCUGCAACCUUCAAUCACUGGAGAAGCUCGUGUUCGGUUUCAACUCUUUGUAUGGAGGAGUUGCAGAGGAGCUUAGAAACUGUGUCAAGUUGCAAUACUUGGACUUGGGAAACAACGUUUUCUCGGGACAAUUCCCUGAUAUAUCUCCUCUUAACCAAUUACAGUACCUGUUUUUGAACAAGAGUGGAAUCUCAGGAACUUUUCCUUGGCAAUCCCUUCUGAACAUGACGGGUAUGUUGCAGUUGAGUGUUGGAGAUAACGCUUUCGACCUCACUCCUUUUCCCACGGAGGUGUUGAGCCUCAAGAACCUUAACUGGCUCUACCUGACGAAUUGCACCAUUGGAGGGAAAAUACCGGUUGGGAUUGGUAACCUCACGGAGCUUACCGAAUUGGAAUUUUCCAACAAUUUCAUUUCCGGUGAGUUUCCCGCGGAGAUUGGGAACCUUGGGAAACUGUGGCAGCUUGAAUUCUACGACAACUCCUUCAAGGGGAAGAUUCCGAUUGGGUUGAGAAACCUCACUGGGCUUAGGUAUUUUGAUGGUUCCACUAAUCAAAUCGAAGGGGAUCUCUCUGAAUUGAGGUUCUUGACAAAUCUGGUUUCUCUUCAACUUUUUGAGAACAAUUUGACAGGGGUGAUUCCACCCGAGUUUGGCGAGUUCAAAGACCUGGUGAACCUGUCUCUGUACAGGAACAAAUUGACGGGUCCUAUUCCUCAGAAGAUUGGUUCUUGGGCAGAGUUCGAUUUCAUCGACGUGUCGGAGAAUUUGUUAACCGGUCCUAUUCCGCCGUAUAUGUGCAACAAGGGGAAGAUGAAAGAGCUGCUGGUUCUUCAGAACAACCUCACCGGCGAGAUUCCGGCGAAUUAUGGAAACUGUUUGACUUUAAAACGAUUCAGAGUGAGCAAAAACUCGCUCUCGGGAACCGUCCCUUCUGGGAUAUGGGGAUUGCCCGAAGCUGAAAUAAUCGAUAUUGAAGAGAAUGAGUUAGAAGGUUCGGUUACUUCAGAUAUCCAAAACGCGAAGACGCUUGCUAGUAUAAUCGCCAGAAGGAACCGGUUAUCCGGGGAAAUACCAGAAGAAAUCUCAAAAGCGACGUCGUUGGUGAGCAUCGACCUGAGCGAGAAUCAAAUUACGGGGAACAUUCCAGAAGGAAUUGGCGAGCUUAAACAACUCGGUAACCUUCAUUUACAGAGCAACAAGCUAUCUGGGUCCAUACCUGACUCUUUAGGUUCGUGUAACUCCCUCAAUGACGUGGACCUGUCAUGGAAUUCGCUCACCCAAGAUAUCCCUUCAUCGUUGGGUUCCUUACCUGCUCUGAAUUCUCUUAACCUGUCACGCAAUGAACUCACCGGUGAAAUCCCGGGGAGUUUAGCGUUGCUCAGGCUCAGCCUCUUUGAUCUAUCGCAUAACCAAUUGAAAGGUCCAAUACCACAAGCUCUAACCCUUCAAGCUUAUAACGGUAGCCUCACCGGAAACCCUGGUCUCUGCAGUCUCGACGGAAUUAGCUCCUUCCCUCGUUGCUCUGAUUCCGAUGGCUUGUCCAAGGACGUUCGCACACUCAUCAUUUGCUUCGCAAUAGCUUCGAUCUUGUUACUCUCGUGUUUGGGGCUUUACUUGCAGUUGAAGAAGAAGAAGGAGGAGGAGAAAUAUGGAGGAGGAGGAGAACGUUCUCUGAAGGAAGAAUCUUGGGAUGUUAAAUCCUUCCACGUGCUAAGUUUCACGGAGGAUGAGAUUCUGGAUUCCGUUAAGCAGGAGAAUCUCAUAGGGAAAGGAGGUUCUGGGAAUGUUUAUAGAGUCACUCUCUCAAGUGGGAAAGAACUCGCCGUUAAACAUAUCUGGAAUACCGAUUUCGCCGCCCGGAAAAAGUCUUGGAGCAGCACUCCGAUGCUCGGAAAGCGCGGCGGGAAGUCGCAGGAAUUCGAUGCGGAGGUUCAGACCUUGAGCUCGAUCAGGCACGUGAAUGUGGUGAAGCUUUAUUGCAGCAUCACGAGUGAGGAUUCGAGCUUGUUGGUGUAUGAAUAUUUGCCAAAUGGAAGCUUAUGGGAUCGGCUUCACACGAGUGGGAAGAUGGAGCUUGAUUGGGAAACGAGGUAUGAAAUUGCGGUUGGUUCAGCCAAAGGUUUGGAGUAUCUGCAUCAUGGGUGUGAGAGGCCUGUGAUUCACAGGGAUGUUAAGUCGAGUAACAUUUUGUUAGAUGAGUUCUUGAAGCCUAGGAUUGCUGAUUUUGGACUAGCUAAGAUUGUUCAAGCCAAUGUUGUCAAGGAUUCUACUCAUGUUAUUGCUGGAACCCACGGUUAUAUUGCUCCGGAAUAUGGGUACACUUACAAAGUGAAUGAGAAAAGUGAUGUGUACAGCUUUGGAGUGGUGUUAAUGGAGCUGGUAACUGGUAAAAGGCCAAUUGAAGCAGAAUUUGGAGAAAACAAGGACAUAGUAAGCUGGGUGCAUAGCAAGACACAAAGCAGAGAGAGGUUUACGAGUGCAGUGGACACGAGAAUCCCAGAGAUGUAUAAAGAGGAAGCUUGCAAGGUGUUGAAAACAGCAGUUCUCUGCACGGCAACUCUUCCAGCUUCAAGGCCCACAAUGAGAGCCGUGGUUCAAAUGCUUGAGGAUGCUGAGCCUUGUAAAUUGGUUGGAAUUGUCAUCACCAAAGACGGAAGUGGAAAGAAAAUAGGAGUGAAAGACAAAUAAAGAUCUUCCACUGACUGAAGAUUUUUGGAUCAUCAAUGGGAACCACCUCCACUAGUUAACUAUAGAACGUAAAUUUUACUGGAUGGAGGAAGCACUGUAAAAUAUCAGUCUCAGCUUAAUUAAUCUGUAUUUUGAAGUGGAAGACUAGCAUGGGAAAAGGGUAUCUAUCCACCUAAUAUAAUCCCAAUAAAAAGGAUGCAAAAUCCUUUUCCUUACGAAUGCAGUGAAAAAAAUAAUCCAAAUGUAGAAUUGGUUUUUCCUGAUUCCAAUCUAUCAUAUUGUA